AUGGUAGAAACACACCACGUCCAGCCCGCCGACUGGAGGAGGCCAAUUUGGGGCUGCCUGCAGUUGACGGUGAUGGCGUUAGGGUUAGGAUCGAUCCUCUUGAACGCAGUGCUAUUGACGCGGUACGUGUUGCCUGGGACGCAGCUGACAACCGAAGGAGAAUCGGUGAUGGACUUCUCUGGCGCUGUCCAGCAACACAAGCGCGCCCUUGAUGCUAUGCCCAGAGCCAACGAAGAUGAUGGGGGCAGCAUAAGAAGCACCAACAACCCCCAAAUGAUGCAUGGUCCCCUUGGCCUCAAUUCCGAUGGGACGCCUGCACACGUCCCAGCCCCGCCUCCCCCUCCAGAUCUGCAUAUGCCCAUGGAGUUAGCUCGUGGCGGCGGAUUCAAUUUGCAGAUGAGCGAUCACCUGCCUCUGGACCGUGUGGCCCCAGAUUCUCGCCACAGCGCAUGCAAGACGCUGGAGUACGACUUGGAUUCUCUGCCUGCUGCUUCCGUUUUGAUGGUGUUUUACAACGAGCCGUUUUCAACCCUGAUGCGGUCAGUGCACAGCGUGUUGAAUAGGACGCCUCCGCCCCUACUGAAGGAGGUGGUGCUGCUGGACGACGGCAGUGACCUGGCAGACGUAGCAGCCGGAGGAAACGGAAAGCUGGAGCGUUAUGUGAAGCUGCUACCGAAAGUGCGUUUGCUGCGGAGUCCUAAGCGCGAAGGCAUUGUGGGGGCGCGACUGCGGGCCAUCCGCGCAGCAGAGGCGUCGAUAUUUGUGGUCCUUGACAGUCAUAUUGAGGUGCAGAACCAGUGGCUCGAGCCGCUGGUCUCUCGUAUUAAGCAGGAUCGCCGCCGCAUCGUGAUGCCUCAAGUGGAUGGUAUUGACGCAGAAACAUUUGAACAUAUCGCUGGGGGCAUCGGCUGCAAACUCGGCUUUCUCUGGCAACUCAUGGAGCACUCGUAUGAGUCGCAUCAGAUGCAGCGGCUGCCGCGAGAGCAGCAAAGCCAUUCCCCUACGGACUUUCAGACAUCUCCCGCUAUGGCGGGAGGUCUGUUUGCUGCCGACAAGGAGUUCUUUUUCUCCAUCGGAGCGUACGACGAGGGAUUCAAGUAUUGGGGAACCGAAAACCUCGAAUUCAGCUUCCGCCUGUGGCAGUGCGGUGGCAUCCUCGAAUGCGCACCCUGUAGCCGCGUCUACCACAUCUUCCGCAAGGGAGGGGCGGGUUAUAGCUUUCCUCCGAAAGCACUCACUGUCAACAAGAUGCGGACACUCCUCUGGAUGGACGAAUACGCAGAUCUCGCCUGGCGCGUCCUAGGCAGACCCAACGUCGAUUACGGUGCUGAGUCGCUGAAACAACGCCAAGAAUGGAGAAAACAACACAACUGCAAAAGCUUCAGAUGGUACAUGGAAAACGUCUUUCCAGAAGCAGAUGUCGUCCACCUCGAUGAUGUUCCCUACCUCGGCCAGCUGGAGAACGUUGCGUCGGGUUUGUGUAUGGACUCCGUCGGCCGGGCUUCUCCAGGUGGCCGUCCGGCGUUGAAACCCUGCGCCCCUGGGCACGCAACUCAGGAGUUUAUGUAUUUCAGGUGGGAUUACGAGGACGGUGUCUUAAGAAAUCGGCUUGUGAAGGAAUGUCUGGCAGUGAAAGGCGGCCAGCUGGCGAUGGAGCGCUGCAACCCCGAUGAUGAAUCGCAGUUUUCUCCAACUGGUAAAGCCCCUGUUUUCUCCUUGGGAAGCUUGGCGUUCGUUUUCGUGCCUAUUGAUUUCGCGGCCGUCCUAUGCUUCUCUUUCGAAGUCUUGAACGUUGGCCAUCCACCUUUGUUCAAAUGGACUUGGCAGGAGUAUCAUCCCCCUGAUUCGUUUACAUUCCCGGCUCUGCCUAACGCCGAAAAUUAG